AUGCUAGAAGCAGCAUUAAAAGAAACUGACGAUUUUCCUACACUGAAUCUAAAACAACAGCAGCAACAGCAACAACCACAGCAUCAUCAACAGCAGCAACAGCCAAAAAUUAACAAUGUAUGGUCAAAUCCUCAUUUAAUACGCAAAAUUUAUAAUUCCAACGAUGAUCAGAAUGAAGACGAUGAGGAAUUGGAAGAAAAGAGAUAUCAACUGGAAAAACUAAAAGCACUUGUGCCCAAAACGAGAAGAUCUCUAUCCAACUCUUCUUCAUCUACGAGUUCUACAGCCUCAUCAAACAACUCUGCAACAUGUAUAUCUACUAAUAAAAAGUCUAACCCAUUCAGAAAGUCUACUACUCCAUCUGUUACUACACCUAGUCGAAAGUCGAUGAAUUUCUACACACCUAACAUAAAUCAUAAUCAUACUAAUAACAGCAAUUAUAAAACGUUGGCAACUCCCACCAAUACACUAACUACAACAACAUCCAAUCCAACUACUGGUGCCAAUGCUUCUAUAAUUCCCAUCAUCAAGGAGCAAACCGAAAUGCCUCCUAAAGAUGUUAUAUCGAAGCAAGAACAGCAAAACUUUAUCUAUUUCAUAAAAUCUUGGACAUCUAUAGGAUUCACACAACAGCAUCACGAUGAUGAACAACACUAUAAAGAAUAUUCCUACUUUGAUUUUGGCAACCACAACACCAAUAGCAACACUAGCAGUAGAUGCAGCUCGAGUAGCAACUAUAGUAGUAGUAAUAGUAGCAGCAAUGAUACCAUUGCCUCAAAUGAUUCCUAUUUCUAUUAUCAUCCAUUUCCUCCAUCCUCAUAA